GAAGAAUAUGGACCAGAACAAGUACUUUGGCACACGUGGAGUAGAGAACAGAGAAGCUAAAUAUUCUGAAAGAGCCCAAGCAUUUUGAAACAUUAAGAGGAAAGAUCGGACUCAGAACUUAAAAUCAAUGGCGACUUUUGACAGAGCGGAUAAUUACAAAAGUUAUUGAGAUAAGUUAUAUCAGAAUUCAGUUUAUCAAGCACAAGAAAGGUGUGAAUCAAAGAAGCAUAUUAAAAAGUUAUCCAAGAACCAUCUCAGCACUUAUAACGACACUAAAGUUUCAGCAAGGACUCCUUCUACUGGCCAGUACACAAGUAUUAGAGGUGGGAAGAAAAGGAAUCCUCUAGCUUGUAUCAAGCAUUAUAGCGAGAAUGCUCCGGCUCAACCGAGAUUGGUCAGUAAAGACCCCUCUGAAGUAGAUGAACUUCGCUGAAGAAUUGAAGAGCUACAAUCUAGGCUAGUUGAGAAAGAUGAAAUAAUUAAUGAUUCAAAUAACAAACUUAAAAUUCUUCAAAACAAAAUUAGAGAAUCUGAAUCCAUGAAGGAUCUUAAGAAGAGAAAUGAAGAACUAACUCUGAAGGUUGAAAUCCUACAAAAAGAGAAGGAGAAAUAAAAAUGAUAAGAUCAAGAUCCUGCAAGAAAAAUUAAGAGUGAGGAAUAGAAGUGUUCAGAGAGCUGAAAGAAGCCAGCAUAUUAGUCCUAAUGCUACUAACUCCCACCCUCUUGAUCAGCUAAACCAGAACACGAUGGACAAUAUCCCAGUGAGGAGUAAUCAAGAAGAGGAGAAGAAUGAACGGUCAGCCCAGAAUACUUCAGAAGGUGGAGUUCAAAGGCUGAUCCAACAGACAAUUGCACCGAUAAUAGAAAGAGGAGAUGCCUUGUUUAACAAUCUUAUUGGAGUCCAAGAGAGAAGAAUUAUCAGGAAUCAAGAAGUCAACCAGCACUUGACUAAUCUUCCUGAUUUGCAAAACUACCAAGAGCUAUUAGGCAUAGAAAGAAGUUUAAUCCGUGGGACUCAAGGAGGCUAUAGCAAUGCCAUGAUCAGAGGUAUCAAAGAAAUCAAGUACAUUGAUGUACAUUCCGAUGAGUCCAUUUGAGAAGCAGCCGAUGAAGUUUGCAGCAUCUGCCAUUGUAACUACUCCAAUACCGAAAACAUUAAAGUGCUAUCCUGCUCGCACUUCUAUCACUCAGGCUGCAUCGAGGAAUGGCUGCGAAGGAAUCGCAAAUGUCCUUUGUGCAAAAAAGUGGCUAUUCCUCACUAA